AACGUCCUGCAGCUCCUUCAUUAUUUACUCACGAAGAGCAAGGACUCUCACUCCUCUGCUUCCAGAGCUGAUAACCUAAAACCGUGUAUACCUCAUUAGACUUAUAAACCGUAAUCAUUCCUAAUACAUUAAUUAGCUUUAAAUAAGCAGAAUAUGAAAGUUUAACGCCUGAAUUAAAAAAAAGGAAUUAUUAAAGCUCACAGACAGACUUUGGAAAUUGCCGUUUAACUGAAGGCUGGCUUAUGUAAGUGUGUGUUCUGCUUAUAUCUAAAAGAUGUUCUCUCACAAGUCGUUGCUGCUUCUGAGUGUCUUCAGUUUGGCCUCACAUUCACUAGCGCUGCCUUUCGAGCAGAGGGGCUUCUGGGACUUCGGCAUUGAUGGCGAUGGAGGGGGUUCGAUGACUGUAAUGAUGAGGGAUGAAGAGGAAGGUUCAGCUGUGGAGGAACUGCCACCUCCAGAUUUUCAUGUUUGUCCCUUUGGGUGUCACUGUCAACUAAGAGUGGUGCAGUGCUCUGAUCUCGGUUUGACAGAGGUCCCCAAAAACAUCCCGUCUGACACCAAACUGCUGGACCUGCAGAACAACCGCAUUUCAGAACUGAAGGAGAACGACUUCAAAGGCCUCAGUAACCUCUACGCUUUGUCACUGGUCAACAAUAAGAUCUCAAAAGUUCAUCCACGGGCCUUUACACCUAUGCGGCACCUACAAAAGCUGUAUUUCUCCCGGAACCUGCUGACGGCAGUCCCCAAAAACCUGCCACCCUCUCUGGUCGAGCUGCGCAUCCAUGACAACAACAUCAAGAAAGUGCCAGCGGGAGCCUUCGCUGGCCUCAGCAAAAUGAACUGCAUAGAAAUGGGUGGGAACCCUAUUCAGAACAGCGGCUUUGAGCCUGGAGCGUUUAAAGGCCUCAAACUCAACUACCUGCGCAUCUCAGAGGCCAAGCUAACCGGCGUGCCCAAAGACUUCCCAGAGACCCUUCACGAGCUCCAUCUGGACAACAACAAGAUCCAAGCAAUUGAGCUGGAGGACCUGAGACGCUAUAAACAACUGUACAGACUAGGCCUGGGCUACAACGACAUUCGCAAUAUUGAGAAUGGCAGUCUGUCUUUCGUACCCAACCUUAGAGAGCUGCAUUUGGAAAACAACCGACUCACUCGCGUCCCCAAGGGCCUUCCUGACAUGAAGUAUCUGCAGGUGGUCUACCUCCAUUCUAACAACAUAAGUCAAGUGAGCAUUGACGACUUCUGUCCUCGAUCCUUUGGUGUGAAGAGGAGCUUCUACAACGGCAUUAGUCUUUACAGCAAUCCCGUCCAGUACUGGGAAGUGCAACCUGCCACUUUCCGCUGUGUCAGUGACCGAAUGUCCAUUCAUUUUGGAAACUACAAGAAGUAGAGACACAGAGAAGACAAGAAGAGAAAUAUGAAAGUGGCUGAUACUUGACAUCAAACUAAACAGAGGAGUAAAAAUCAGAAGAGUGGGGUGCAUGCAGUUUUAUUUAAUGUAAUUUGUUAUGGUGAAAUGUGUGGAAGCACACACGCUAAGUGCACAACCAAAGCAAAUUCUUUCAACCAUUUAAUGAGCUUUUAAGUUCAAACUAUAGCCAGCUGUUAGACACAAAAUAUUUUACUACUACUACUAUUGAAGUCUGGCAAGAGUAGAUCUUCAUUUUUAAGUAUACAUUAUUUUUAGAUUUUUUAUUUGUAGUCUGAGUUUUUACUGAGUCACUGAAUUGCUUUUCAUGCUUUAGGGGUCUCUUCUGAGGGGGUGGCGGGAAGUAAAGUAUUGUAAGUAAUAAAGAUGCACAUGUACUAUUCUUUAUAUGCAGUUUGUCUGACCUUGUUGUCCCAUUUGCUCCUUCAGUGCAUUCAGUAAGCCUGGAGCUGAUCUUUUCAAAUGUCCUAUUUUGCACAAUGUCUCUGCAUUCCAGCUGGUCGUUCUGGGUGGGUUGAGCCCAUCUAUGCUUGUACUUUGCUCAUCUGCUGCAUGUUGAGAAUAAAAAAUCUUUUCAGUUUGAAUAGAGGGCUAGAAAUGUGGUAUGAUCAUGGUCUAAAAGCUGUGACAAAUAAAUAAAUUGAUGGAUAGGAUGCAUUCAAGUGA